AUGUGUUUUAGGAAGAAGGCUUCUUGUGUGCGGAGGCGGUACAGUGAGUUUGUUUGGCUCCGGCAGCGUCUGCAGGACAACACUAUGCUCGUGUACGUAUAAUCCAUAGGGAUACUUCACUGUAGGCCCUCUUAACUGCAUCAUUUGAUUACUCCUGCUGCAAUGAUGCAUACACGGAGUAUGCAGUUGUCCUUACCAGGGGUUGACUAUUCUACAUACACUACAUUACCAAAAGUAUGUGAACACCUGCUUGUCGCACAUCUCAUUCCAAAAUCAUGGGCAUUCCUAUGCAGUUGGUCCUCCCCCUUUGCUGCUAUAACAGCCUCCUCUCUUCUUGGAAGGCUUUCCACGAUUGUAGGAACAUUGCUGCGGGGACUUGCUUCCAUUCGACCACAAGCAUUAGUGAGGUCGGGCACUGAUGUUUGGUGGGGUGGGAAUUAGGUCUGGCUCGCAGUCGGCGUUCCAAUUAAUUCGAUGGGGUUGAGGUCAGGGCUCUGUGCAGGCCAGUCAAGUUCUUCCACACCGAUCUUAACAAACGAUUUCUGUAUGGACCUCGCUUUUUGCACGGGGGCAUUGUCAUGCUGCCACAAACGGUUGCCACAAAGUUGGAAGCACAGAAUUGUCUGUGCUUGUAUGCUGUAGUGUUAAGAUUUGUCUUCACUGAACCAUGAAAAAAAGGCCCAGACCAUUAUUCCUCCUCCACCAAACUUUACAGUUGGCACUAUGCAUUGGGGCAGGUAGCGUUAUCCUGGCAUCCAGGUUUGUCUGUCGGACUGCCAGAUGGUGAAACGUUAUCACUCCACUGCUCCAAAAUCCAAUGGCAGCGAGCUUUGCACCACUCCAGCCGACGCUUUGUAUUGUGCAUCGUGAUCUUAGGCUUGUGUGCGGCUGCUCGGCCAUGGAAACCCUUUUAAUGAAGCUCCCGACUAACUUAUUGUGCUGACGUUGCUUCCAGAGGCAGUUUGGAACUCUGUAAUGAGUGUUGCAACCGAGGACAGACUCGCUUCAGCACUUGGCGGUCCCGUUCUGUGAGCUUGUGUGGCCUACCACUUCGAGGCUGAGCUGUUGUUGCUCCUAGAUAUUUCAACUUCACAAUAACAGCACUUACAGUUGACUGAGGCAGCUCCAGCAGGGCAGAAAUUUGACGAACUAACUUGUUGGAAAGUUGGCAUCCUAUGACAGUGCCACAUUGAGAGUCACUGUCUUGUGUUGUCCCUUUCCAGAGAGUUGCCCAAACUGCCUCCCUGGAACCCUUUCUUCAGUCUGAACAACCCCUACAAGGUCAACCAGAGGAUGGAGGGCCUGCGGGAGUUUCUAGAGAUGUGAGUGUCGUUUAUUCCUCACCCUCAGCCUUAUGAAUGACUACCAGUUUGCAUGUUCAAAAGGCUUGAAGGGAUGAGCUAGAAUCUAGGUAUAUGCCAUCUAUGGGUCUGAUGCAACCAAUGUCAGUUUCUCAGAUAUUUUCCAACCUCAAGUGGUCAUCCGUUCAAUAUUGAUGCACGAUUAGUUCUUUUUGAGGCCUGUUUUGGUUUUCGAUUUACUUUUUAAAACAUUAAAUACAUAAUGAAAUAAUGACAUUACAAUGAUUUUAGAGCUUUUUAAUGGAAAUUCCAAAGCCAAAAAUAGUAAACAUUAAAUUGCCAAAACAUUGACAAUAUUCCACAUUGGGUAUACAUCAAUAGAAAUAAAAUAUUACUUUUUAUUUGAUUACUUUAUUAUUUUUCAUUCCUUAAAAGUAAAUAAUCUCUGCUCAGGCAGUAGCAGUCAGCCAGCCAGACAAUCUAACGUUAUCUAUAUGCUGUCUUCAGUCAUCCUAUUUAGCUAGCCUGCCUAAGUAUGCUGCAGAGCUCUCUGCCGGAUGUUGCAGAGCUGUCUGACCGAAUCAUUUUACUAGUUCUUCAAAGUAGAUGAGGCAUACUUUCACGAACACACUGUCCCUCGUGUACUUUCCUCUCUUAACAUAGCAGGUGUAAGUGAAUCCAUCCAGAGAUCUGUAUUUGUCUUGAGUUUGGGGGGAAAGGCGCAAUGGGUUAUGGUCAUUCUAGUAAAUUAGCACGUUUCUACGCUGAACUAGGUUAAAUAUUUGCUUUAUGAAAACUACAACUCCCUUCAGCCCAGCGUCCCACAUAGUUCCUGACUUGAUAUAUCUGUAGAGAAACAGCGCUUUGGGCUCACAAAAAAAAAGUCACUAAAUGUAAUUGAACCGACGUCGGUCAAUUAGUUGUUUUAAUAACCCAAAAAUGAAUUGUGGGUUAGUCAUUCAGCACUACCGGUCAAGCAGAGUCCAUAUCAAUCUGUGGUGUAGGUCAUCCCCAUGUGUGCAAUAGGAAGAAUUUGCUGCCGCAGACCUCAAUCUCAAAUUAAUAGCAAUAUAAUUCCAUCGCAUGAAUUCUGAUUUUCCUCUAGUUUGACAUUUGUUUUGUAAACCCUCUGCUUGCCCUGUAUAAGAAGCUAUACCCAUGGAUUUAUGGCACCAAACGCCAUCUAGUGGCUUUUACCGUCAACUUCAUUAAUUUUCUCCACUCCAUACUUGAAACAGAAGACAUUAUGUACUGAUGACUACAAUGUUGAUCUCCUUCUCGCCUCAUUUCUCCUGUUGUAGUGCUUUGGCAUAAGGUACCAGAGAGCUUAGAAUAACAAUUCACUCAACUUCCUACCAUACUUUGUUACAUGGAGCACUGAUUACUUCAAAAACAAACUGAAAAAAAGGCUUAUAUGGCGUUCUUGUUGGUUGUAUGAUCUUAAUUAUCCAAUGAAUUAAUCUUUAUCUCCUCGUCCCCAGUGUCCUCCAGGACCCCUUGCUGCUGUCUGACAGUAGAGUGCACCUGUUCCUCCAAUCCCAGCUGAGCAUGACCAAGAUGGAGGCGUGUGUCUCGGGCCAGACACGCUACACAGUGGCUCAGGCCAUCCAAAUGUGUAGUGACUGUCACCGCACACGCUUCCCCAUAGAGAAGAGCAGCAAGGUGUACUUCGACUCAGACUGCGAAAGGUAAGAGUACAGAUUUGUGUCAGAAAUUUUACUGAUUGAGCGACUGUUUUUCAAUGACAUCCGUUGAUUGACUCACAACAGAGAUGAUUGUCCAUGAAAAAAUGCAUGAAGUUGACAUCAGCUGAACUGUUGACAGAGAAAUGAUGCAAGCCGAAAUGACCUCUGAUCUUCUACUCAUUGAGUACUUGCAUACUCUCCCCUCUGCCUAUACAGCACCACAUCGUCAAGUCUGGGCCAUGACUCGGGGGUCCCCCAGAGCCCCAGCCCCCUACCCUUUGACUGUAGCACCUGUGAAAAUGAUGACGGCAACAUUACCAUCCGGGAUGGAGGAUUCUUCAGCAGUCUGUCAGAGUCCUCGUGUGACCAGGAACACAUGGAGCCCUAACACAAACCACUUCCACACGCACAAAGGGGCUGUUUCCUGGACUAAGAUUAAGCCUAGUCCUGCACAAAAAAAUAAUGCUAAAUGGAGAUUCUCAAUUGAAAGUGAUAUUUAAUCCAGGACUAGGCUUAAUCUUUGUCCGGGUAACCGCCCCAAGGACUGUUUGCUGCUGUUCCAGGUGUGCUUCUCAAACCUCUGUUGGAAUUCUGUGUCCCAAUCGGUCUUUUUAAAAUAUUUGAGCUAUAA